AUGGCGGAUGCUCAAGAAAGUAAGCCUAUUCAAUUGCUGGACUUGCCGGUUGAGAUACUAGAGAUGGUUUUGACCCAUUUGGACUUUAAGCGUCAUAAAUUGAUACGCGAAGUGUCCGAAGAAUUGCGACAGUUUAGCACUGCAUACAUAAUGCACCGACACAGGAGCUAUGAGGUGGCCCAUCGGGAACGUCCUGCGGAGAGUGCCCUCAAUCGGAAUAUAAGGAUCAUGCUGCAGAUCCUGCGCUCAACUUGCAGUUAUUUCCCCGAGGAAGAUACCGAGUCGGACUUCACUCUCUGUCUGCUAAACUUUCAGGAUAAGAAAUCCGAGUAUUUCCACACAGCUGAUCAUCUGAGCCAAUUUGUUGUUCAUUUCCUGCGCCGCAAGGAGCUGCCUUUCAACCAAUUUAAUUGGAUGGAACGACUUAAACUUAGACGAUUGCAUUAUGUAAUGACAGUUUUAGGUCUUGUGCGGCAAUUCGAAAACGUGAAAAUUGUGAAUGGAGCUACUUGGAGUAUCUUGCACAUGAGCCUGAUGGUUUCACUGCCCAACACCUCCAUCAGUCUCAUUGAGGAGCAGACCAACUGCAAUGUUGCGCAGUCGAACAGACGCAUCUCAUUUGUGGCCCUUCUUGCCGAGCUGCUCUUUUAUGAAAAGACCAAAACAAGAUAUGCCGUACCGGAGUAA